AUGUUCUUGCAAGCAAUGAAGUUGAAAGAUAAUAGGUAUGGUGCAUUAUAAUAAAGAUUGGAGCCUAUUCAAUUAAAGUACAGUCCAAAAGAACCUAGAUAGCAUACUCCAGAAGGUUUGGCGAAGAUUGGUAUGUUCAACAGCACUCAAUUUCAGAGAAAAUAAUCAGUUGAAAAGCGUAAACUUAGUAGUCAGGCAGAAGGCAAAAGACCUUAAUCUUCAGUGCAAAGAAUACCAAGAACUGCGUUUUUGAAAAAUACAUUUUAAGCAUAAUAUGUUUUCUUUUGUGAAAAUGGAAAUAAUGGGGCUCUUGUAAGGAGAAUACUAUAAGGAAGAGGUUGGUUUGCUGAAUAGUAAACAAGUUUUAAUGUAAACUUUAUAUGGAAGCAAUCAAAUAAGGGAUUCAACUAUUCUACUCUUACUUAGAAGAAAGUUUGUAUUAAUCAUUUGGAACAUCAUCAUGAGAUUUCAAAUAAAAAUAAAUUACACGAUAAUCUCAAAAUGCAUUGUUAGAGGAUCAGCAAAAAUAUGGAUGAUUUUGUACCUAUAACAUUCUCAAUAAACUUGGAUUCAAUGACACUGUAAUGGGAUCUCAAGAAAUUUGUUGACUUUUUUAUCUCAAUAAAGAAGGAAGGCAACUAGAAGAAUCUUUGGUUAUUGAAACCACCAGAUCUCAAUAGAGGAAGAGGAAUUUAAUUAUUUUCUGAUCUUAGGGUCUUAAUUAAUUAAGUAGAGGAAUUCUGUAAAAUUAGAUGUCAGAAUUCUAAAACUAAGGGUUCAUCAAAAGGCGCUAGAGGAGUUACAAUUACAUAUCCAGACUCUAAUGAAAAAUCUGGCUAAGCCUAACUUAGUUUUACAAUAGAUUAGUCUACUAGUAAUGAUCGCAUUAUAGUUUUAUAAAAGUAUUUAGAAACGCCCCUUUUGUAUAAUGGUAGAAAAUUCGAUUUUCGAGUUUGGGUACUUGUUGAUCAUACUUCAAAAUACUAUUUCUUUAAAGAAGGAUAUCUACGUUUAGCUAGUGAGUAAUUUGAUGUGAAUAAUCUGAAAUCUUUAUAUAUUCAUUUAACUAAUAAUGCAGUAUAAAAGAAUCAUCCCAGCUACGGAAAGUAUGAAUUGGGAAAUCAGCUGAGUCUAUAGGAUUUGCAACAUUAUUUAAAUUAAUAGAGAAAUACUAAAGUAUCUUCAGCAGGAAUUAUCCUAAAAAUGAAGGAACUAAUUCAUUAAACGAUAUAUUGUGCCGGAUCUAAAUUGCGUGACAAUCGGAAGGAUUUCUAAUUUGAAAUAUUUGGUUACGAUUUUAUGGUCGAUAAAAAUGGGCACAUUUGGUUGAUUGAGAUUAAUACUAAUCCCUGUAUUGAGGAAAGCAGUCCACUUUUAUAAAAAUUGAUACCGAGAAUGUUAAAUGACGCAUUUAGAUUGACAAUUGAUAAAAUAUUUCCUCCUUUCAAAACAACGCAAGAGAACUUUCUUUCAAAUUUAAAUGAAUAUGCUAUUCCGGGAUAUAGUGAUAAAGAUAUCCUGUGGGAUUACAUGGGAUAAAUUUGA